CUCUCUCUCUGGGCAUUUGCAUGUACAGACCUGGGCCGCGCAGGAUCAGCUGAGGAACAUCACAGCAGGUAAACGUCCCGGGAUGGAGCGCGCCUCGCCGCGGCUGCACCGACCUCUGGCUCUCCUCCUGGCGCUUUGCUGCUGGUGCUGCUGCUGCUAUGCCCAAAAAAUCGACUCGGUAUCUCCAAGGAGAGGAAGCGCGUAUGGUGCAACACGCCUCACUAUUUCAGGAGAAGGUUUUGCCCAGGAAAGGCAGUUCCAGCUGAAUCCGGCGGAUGACACGUUUGGGAACCGCGUGACUCUGGUGUCAGACACUCUGUCAAUCCCCUGCGAUGUGGAGAGAGACUCCACACAUGGCAACCAGAUCAUGUGCUACACCAGGCCCAUGCCCAGCGGCCAGUAUGUGGUCCAUGUCAGUGUGGAUGGAGUUCCCAUUCCUGACCGCCAAAUAUGUCGGGGUGAUUACAAACCGUACCACUGCAGUAUCUACGCGGUCUGGUAUCGCACUCCCACCAUCUACUCCAUGAGUCCGGUCAGUGGUCCCCCAGGCACCGUGGUGACGCUGCGAGGACGGAUCUACACUGAUGUGUAUGGAAGCAACACUGCCAAAAGCUCCAAUGGCCUCAAUGUCAGAUUUCUGAGAAGCUACAUGGGAGGGAUGCCAUGUGAACUCCUCAAGCCGGACUCAGAUGAGCUCUACGGCCUGACACUGGACAGCGAAUCUUCUCAAUGGGGCUACAUGAGCUGCAAAAUGACAGGCACCUACGUCGGGCACCACAACUUGAGUUACAUUCUGGAUGAUGAGUUUGGAAGGAGUCAGCCAGACAAGAACCUGUUCAGGAUUUCAUCUCUGGACAAGCUCUCCAUGUUUCAGACCUAUGCAGAGGUGACAGGAGUCUCUCCCUCGAGUGGGAGUGUACUUGGUGGAACCGUGCUGACCAUCCACGGCCGCUUCUUUGACGAAACAGACGCUGAUGCGGUUGUGCUCGUAGGAGGCAGGCAUUGUGAAAUCCAGAGUGUGUCUGAUGACAGAAUUAUAUGCAAGACUGCAGCACAGCCGAUGAGCAACAUGACAGGCUACCCGGGCGGCAGAGGCCUGACGGUGGAGUUCUGGAAUGACACCCGGCCUCGGUCGCUGGAGGAAAUAAUGAGCUACAACGAGAGUAAACCUGGAUACUGGGCAAAGUGGUUUGACUCCCUGCCUUACGUCUUCCCGCGGGACGUGACCCGUAUGACCACGCGGUCCAGAGGCUUCUUUGUCCCACCAAGGACAGCCGAUUACAAACUGUCCAUCAAGUGUGACGACCGGUGUGAGCUCUACCUCAGCAACUCCAGCCGCCCAGAGCACAAGGUGAAAAUUGCAUAUCAGAGUUAUUAUGUGCCCAGCUACUACUCACUGUCAUCACAAACAUCUGAAGUAAUGGCUCUGGAGAAAGGAAAAGCCUACUACAUGGAAGUCCUGCACCAGGACUAUGGAGGAGUGGGGUCUGUCAACAUCGGCCUCUUCACAGAGGAAAGCACUUUUACACAAGACCAGACUGACGAUGCUGUCAAUGAGGUGCAGAAUAUCGUGGCGAAUUAUGACGUCUAUGAUGAGACACAGGUGGUUACGUUUGAGUCCUGGCCCAGCGACUUGGUUACAGUCAAAGAGGUGCAGAGGGUGAGCGUCAGCAGCGACUGUGCCAGCCAUCUCUGCGGGAGCACCUACUACUCCCUGGGCUACGGCGAAGCAAACACUGGACCGAUCCCUGUCAGCGCCUCUCCAGAGGUGGUGGAAGCAGCUCUGAACAGCCUCUGGUCCAUUAAACCCGACACAGUGCAGGUCACCAAACAGGAGCACGGUCAAGGAGGCCAUUACACCGUCACAUUCACCUCUGACAGAGGUGACUUUGAAGACCUUCACGCUGAGGUUUAUGGCUUUGACACAAACGUUACCGUCUCUGAGGUCACCAAAGGAAGUGGCAGCAUGGAGACGUUUACUCUGCUGUGGGGAGGAAUUCCCACAGAGCCCAUCGCCUUCAAUGCGACUGAGGCUGAGGUGAAGUCGGCCCUGGAGAAGAUGCUGAGCGCUCACUGUCCCAGUGAGAUUCUGAUCAGAGAAAAUGCGGAUGUGAAAUACUUCAGAGACUUUGAGGAUGACCGCUCUCAGUACGAUAACGAUGAGAGAGGGACUCCUGUGAAGAACUCAGCUUUCUGCGGCUAUUGGUCGCUGAUGAACGCCGAAAUCAUCUUCAUGGACAGCUAUCUCAAAGAGUCCGGCGGCUCCUACGGCACAAUUUCACUGCAGCAGUAUUCCACGCUUUGCUUUGCAUACAAGGGAAUGUUGAAGGACGAAAUUGGAAUCCGAUUCUCUUACCGCAACGGCCAAGGCCAAACCGUGACAGAGACGACACAGAUGACCCCUUUUUUCAACAAGGGACACAACUGGAGUUACAAAUGCGUCAACCUGCUGAGCUCGCUGCAGACCGAGUUCGUGGGAAGCAUGUAUGAGCUGCAGCAUCUCUAUCUGUACAGAGAUGGUGGUGAUUUCUAUGUGGAUGCCAUUUCCCUUGGAAAGAGAGCCACCACAACUGAUGACAAUGCCGUCAUUCAAAAGAGAAGGCCUCCGCCUUUCACCAGCUCUGAGCGUUUCUUUGAGGCGAUCGAUGUGCACAAAGUCGGAGGGACAAAUGAUUCCCAGAUCAGCUACGAGAUCACAGCCACUCCUCUCGACUGCGCCCACGGCUUUCCCCUGUUUGACCUCGGCUUCCUGCAGAUGUCCAACAGCAGCGAGGACAUGGCCGAGUUCACAAAUGGCGACGUCACCGUCACCGUCACCCGCCCGAACAAAGCCACCCCUCCUCUGAAUGGCACCUUUGAUGUGGAGAUUUAUGGGACCCGUGUUGAAGGCCUGUCGGUGGACAUCAGUGAGGACGACCUGAAGUUCGCCUUGGAGGGAAUCCCAGGGAUGGGACAGGUCCAGGUCACACAGGAAGGAGGUUGCCGACGCCCCAAGUGGAAGGUCAAGUGGCUCACCAAGCCCGGAGACCAGCCUCUCAUGCAGGUCAAUGACUCGUCUGUUGUCGGCAACAACGCGGUCGUCGAGGCACGUGAGAAGACAAAGGGCGGCCUGUCCAUGCGAAGCCUGACUGGAGAUUUCCUGCGUGUGUGGGAAAGCAAACCUCAGGUGGAGGUUUACAUCAACGGUAUUCCCUCUAAGUGUUCUGGUGACUGUGGCUUCGAGUGGUCGGAGGAAAACACGCCGGUUGUGACUGGAAUCAGCCCGUCCCAAGGGUCCCCCGGCCUAGAAACCCUCCUGACUGUCACUGGGACUGGUUUCAGCAGUGAAAAUGCUUCCAUCAUGGUGGGACCUGCCCGAUGCCACGUCGAACAGGUCACUGCCACCACCCAGGUGUGCAGACUGGGCAGGGCCAGCGCCGGCACCUACCCGGUGUCAGUCAGCUUCCCUUCUCUGGGCCGCUCCCGUCACGCCGGAGACAACGACCUCAACUUCACCUACCAGCUCAUUGUGUCCUCUGUCUCCCCACUUUCUGGAAGUCUGGCAGGCGGCACUCUGCUGACCGUGACAGGCUUCGGUUUCAGCCCCAACAGCACGGUCACGCUCGGCAGUGACGACUGCAUCGUGCUUCACGCGAGUGACACCGAGUUAAAAUGCAGAACGCCGGCGGGGCCUGCAGGGUCACAGAGCGUCUCGGUGAGGGAAGGAGACAUGAUCGAGACAGCAAGCAGCACCUUCACUUAUGAUAACAACCUCACAGCGCGGAUCACGGGUCUGAGUCCCCAGACUACCACUGUCAUCGGACAACAAGUUCUCACCAUCUCGGGUUCAAACCUCGGAGGCCAAGACAAUGACAGCGCCGUGUACGUCGGCCGGGAGGAAUGUCGCAUCGAACAGUGGACAGAGACUAACAUCACCUGUGUCCUCCCUGUGCUCCCGCCUGGUCUGUACCACGUGGACGUACAGGUUGGAAACAAUGGCUACCCUGAGACAAGCAACGAUGUGAACACCACAGUUGAAUACAUCCUGGAGAUCCACAGCAUCUCCCCCGAGGUGGGCUCCCUGCUGGGAGGGACCAGGCUGACCGUCUCCGGCUCUGGUUUCAGCAGCAGCAGCACAGACAACCAAGUCUCUGUCGGAGGUGCUGAGUGCGAGGUGAUGGCCGCCUCAGAGGAUGAACUUGAAUGCAUCGUGCAGUCGGAGGAGCAGACUCACAUCGUCACCAACCAAGGCUCCCACCGCGAUUUCGGACAGGGCUACGCGUGGGAACCAGCCUCGCUCUCAGUGUCUGUUGGAGAUACUGUGGUUUGGCGAUGGGAGGCGCCGGCCUUCCAGGAGGUGGGCUACCGGGUCUUCAGCGUUUCCAGACCAAGUGGCACGAGCUACCAGGGUGGACCGUUCAACAGUGGAGACACCAAGAGCCCAGAGGGCUUGUUCCGCUACCGUUUCACUGAAGCCGGUGUGUAUUACUACAGCAGCGGCUACAUCGACGAGUCUGACACCAGGCUGCUGCAGGGGGUGGUGAGAGUCAGGCCUCUGGAGGAGACGAGCGGCAGAGUGUCUGUCAGAGUGGGAGGCAUGGAGGCCAGACACAUGACAGGCGGGUCACAUCGUGUCAGCAGGUCGGUGCCAGAGUGUGUGUCCUCCCUGCAGUGCAGCCAUCGGUCCAACCAGACUUCAGGCAGCGUCUCCUUCAGCUUCUCCGCCUGCGCCACCCCCAUGGUGCACUCCAUCUCCCCCAGCCAGGGCACAGCUCACCAGGUCAUCCACAUCCAGGGCACGGGCUUCAGCGACACAGCCUGCGCCAAUGAGGUGACGGUGGGAGGUUUGCCCUGCAGCGUCAUCAACAGUUCUCACUCAGAUAUCAACUGCAGGCUCCAGCGAGACAGCGGCGCCCCCGUUGGCGUCCCGCUCCCCGUCGCCGUCAGAGUCAACAACCUGGGAAGCGCCAUCAUCACCGCGCCAGAGGAGCUCGACCGCCGCUUUGUGCUCCUGCCCGUCAUCGACUCAGUCACGCCCCCUAUCGGCAGCCCCGGCGGCCACACCCGGCUCCACAUCCAGGGCUCCGGCUUCUCAGAGGGGCGGGUCACCGUAGCCAACGUGCCCUGCGCCGUCCUGUCCGUCAACUACACCAGCAUCACCUGUGACACCUCGCCGUCUCAGCCGCGCACCGGUGACGUCGUCUUCCACACAGCCCACCUCAGAAGCUCCUGCCACUCAAACUGCUCCUUCGUCUACUCUGCCUCCGUCACCCCCACGGUGACCGGCGUCUCCCCCGACAGUGUCAGCGGUAAUUACACCACAGUGACCGUCUCAGGCGCCGGGUUUGGCAGCGCUGUGGAUGACGUGGCGGUUUUCGCUGGUGACUCGGAGCUGGAGGUCACCGCGGUAACAGAUGGCAGCAUCACACUUAUGGUUGGCGCUCUCCCCGCCGGAGAUCACGACGUCCUGGUGGUUGUGAGAAGUAAAGGCCUGGCGUCCGGUGAGGUGACCCUCAGCAGCCGCGCCCAAGCAGCCCUGAGCCCAGAGGCGGGCAGCGUGGCGGGAGGAACCCCGCUCGUCCUGACAGGGAAUGGCUUUGCCCCGGGGAACACCAGUGUCAUGGUCGGUGAUGCACCCUGCUGGAUCGAGGAGGUCACCCCAGGGAUGCUGCGCUGCCUCACCCUGCCGCACAGCGAGGGGCUGGUGAGCGUGAGCGUUCAGGUCUUCUCUGUGGAGUAUCCUCCUCUCAACUUCACCUACUCCCAGGCUCACACCCCGGACGUCAGCUCCAUCAGCCCCGCCACGGGCCCCAGCGGCUCAGAGAUCACGCUCACCGGGUCGGGGUUUGGCUCCGACCCCCAGCAGAUCUCUGUGAGCAUCAACGGCGUUCCCUGCAACGUGUCCGCCGUCACCGACACACAGGUCCAGUGUGCGGCGGGUGAAAACCCGGGGGGCUCGUACCCGGUCGUGCUCCAUCACGAGGUCAAGGGUCAUGCCCGGUCAGAUGUGGUUUUCGCCUACGAGCUGGUUCUCAACAGGGUCCAGCCCAGUGAGGGCAGUUUUGGUGGCGGUGCUCUGCUGGCGGUCGAAGGCUCUGGGUUCGACCCUCGUAACUCCACCGUGCUCAUCUGCGGGGAGGAGUGUGAGGUCGACAGAGAGGCGUCGACAUCGACCCGACUCUACUGCCAGUCUCCGUUCAACAACGGCUCUGAGUCAGAGGUGAGCUGUGUGGUCGCUGUCGUUAACCAGCUGGAAGCCGUGAACGUAUCAGAUGGCUUCACGUACAAAUCUCAGCUCACCCCGCUGAUCUCGGAGGUUUCUCCUCGGCGAGGAGGAACAGCUGGAGGCACGAGGCUCACCAUCAGCGGCUCCGGUUUCAGCACCGACAGCUCUGAGGUCAGCGUCACCAUCGCAGGAUCCGUCUGCGACGUCCAGUCGACCAACAACACACACAUCAUCUGCGUGACAAACGCCCAGCCCAAGUCCCAGGAGACCAAAGUCCGGGUCAGCAUCGGUGACCGAGGCAUCGCCAAGAUGGACGACGCCGACUUCUUCUACAUCGACGUGUGGUCGUCCAGGUACACGUGGGGCGGCCUGUCUCCACCUGAGAGAGGCACAUUUGCUGUCAUCGCUAAAGACCAGACGAUCCUGCUGGACACCAGCACCCCGGUGCUCAAGAUGCUCCUCAUUCAAGGAGGCACACUGGUGUUUGAUGAAGCGGACAUUGAGCUCCAGGCAGAAAACAUCCUGAUCACAGAUGGAGGACGGCUCCAGAUCGGCCAGGAGGGGGCGCCGUUCCAGCACAAGGCUAUCAUCACUCUUCAUGGAAACCUGCGAUCUCCGGAGCUUCCUGUGUAUGGAACCAAGACUCUGGCCGUCAGAGAGGGGGUGCUGGACCUGCAUGGUAUUCCAGUUCCUGUUCCCUGGACCCACUUGGCACAAACGGCCACCAACGGCUCCGUCACACUGACUCUGAUGAAGGAGGUGACGUGGAAGGCCGGAGACGAGAUCGUCAUCGCCUCCACCGGCCACAGGCACAGUCAGAGAGAGAACGAGGUGAGGAGGAUCGCCUCCGUGUCGGACGAUGGCAAGACUCUCACCCUGACCGAGCCGCUCGAGUACACCCACCUCGGGGUGUCGGUCACGCUGCCCGACGGCACAGUGUUCGAGGGCCGAGCCGAGGUGGGCCUCCUCACCAGGAACAUCGUGGUCCGAGGCUCCCAGCACCAGGAAUGGAACGACACGAUCGAGGCCUGCCCCGACGGCUUCAACACGGGUGAAUUUGCCACCCAGACCUGCUUCCAGGGAAGGUUUGGCGAGGAGACCGGCAGCGAUCAGUUUGGAGGCUGCAUCAUGUUCCACGCACCGAGGCCAAACGAGAAUCUGGCCAUUGGAAGACUGGAAUACGUUGAGCUUUUCCAUGCAGGACAAGCAUUCAGGCUCGGGCGCUAUCCCAUCCACUGGCAUCUGAUGGGGGACAUCAACUACCAGUCGUACGUGAGAGGCUGUGCCAUCCACCAGACCUUCAACAGAGCCGUGACCAUCCACAACACGCACAACCUGCUGGUGGAGCACAACGUCAUCUACGACAUCAUGGGCGGGGCCUUCUUCAUCGAGGACGGCAUUGAGACGGGGAACAUCCUGCAGUACAACCUGGCCGUCUUUGUCAAACAGAGCACCAGCCUCCUGAACGAUGAUGUCACUCCCGCCGCCUACUGGGUCACCAACCCCAACAACAUCGUCCGGCACAAUGCCGCCGCUGGAGGCACCCACUUCGGCUUCUGGUACCGCAUGCACGAGCACCCUGACGGCCCGUCCUAUGAUCCAAACAUCUGCCAGAAGAAGGUUCCCCUGGGUGAGUUCACCAACAACACCGUCCACUCCCAGGGCUGGUUCGGCCUCUGGAUCUUCCAAGACUUCUUCCCCAUGAAGAACGGCGGCUGCCGCUCCCGCACCCCGGAGCCCGCCGUGUUCCGCACCCUCACCACCUGGAACUGCGAGAAGGGCGCCGAGUGGGUGAACGUGGGUGCCGUGCAGUUCAGCGGCUUCGUCAUGGUCAACAACGAGAAAGCCGGCAUCGAGGCCAAGCGCAUCAUGCAGUGGGCAGUGAGCGGCUUCGGAGAGGACGGAGGGGCGACCGUGUCCAACAGCACCAUCGUGGGCCACGUGGACGAGCUGGGCCUCGGGGACGACUACUGCUCACACCGAGGUGUCAUCACGCCGUUUGACGAUGGCAUGAGCGUCCUCAACACCAAGUUCAUCAACUUUGACCGCGGUUCCUGCACAGCCAUCGGGGUGACCAGCAUUGACGGGACGUGUGUGCAUGACUGUGGGGGCUGGGCCGUCAGGUUUAGUGGGGUCCAGUACUUUAACUCCCCCAACAAGGCAGGAUUCAGGUGGGAGCACGAGGUGCAGCUGGUCGACACUGAUGGUUCCCUCACAGGAAACGUGGACUACAAGGUGGUGCCGAUGAGCCCCCUGCUGGACCCCGCACACUGCUCGCAGAGCGCCGAGUGGAGCGUGGGCUUCCCCGGCGCCGUGUGUGACAACACCGUCAACUUCCACCGCCUGUCGUUCAACAAUCCCUCACCCUCCUCCCUGAAGGCCAAGGAUGUCAUCUUGACCAACUCACAUGGCACCAGUGUGGUUCCCUUCCUGAAGAAGAGAAUGACCCAUAAGUUUGGCUGGAUGGCCUUGUUGCCUUCCACUCAGACUUACAACUGGUACUUCAAAGAUGCGGACCAAAUUACGAACAUCACGUACUCUGCAAAGUUCUACGGCUUCAAGCCCGAUCAGUACGUGAUCAUCAACCACAACCUCACCCAGAGUCCGGACAGGUUCCGCAUCGUGGACAUGAGGAACGGCUCCGCGGCUCCGCUAACGUACAGCAGCAACCAGAACGGAGACUGGCACUUCGACAACAGCUCCAACAACCUCUACUACCUGGUGUCCGGGAAGACCAACGAGCGCCGGCGUCGCGCAAGUGUCGACCGCUCCAUGGUCGACGUUGCGGUGAACUUCCAGGUCUACCGCUGCUUCUUCCCUAACUGCAUCCCGCCGCCGCCCCCUCCCCCGGCCACCCUCGCCCCCGUGCCCAGCCGCCGGCCCGACGACUUCAUUCUGUGGUCCAACGCUUCUUUCUGGCUAAGCUCAGAGGAGAAUAACUUCCUCGUUCCAGCAGAGGGCGCCGACGUGGUCAUCCCAUCAGGGAAAUGGGUGGUUCUGGACAGCGACACCCCUCCCCUCAAUAAGCUGACGGUCAUCGGGGUUCUUGAGAUCCCAGACACCUUGAAUGGUUCGUCCAGCAGCAGACAGGCCCGGGCCGCACCGGCGUACAACAUCGUGGUGCUCGAUGCCAUCUACAUCUCCAUCCAGGGCGGCAGGAUGAUCGCUGGUUGGGCUGAUGAGCCGUUCAGAGGGGAACUACACAUUAAACUGAGAGGAAAUCAUGGCACCCCCGACUGGCCCCUGCCGAAUGGGCCCAACCAGGGAUCCAAGGUCCUGGGUGUGUUUGGUACGCUGGAGCUGUAUGGACAACCUCAUGAUGUUUACCACACCAAACUGGCCGCCACCGCCCCUGCAGGCUCCGACACACUCACCCUGCGGGAGCCCGUCGACUGGCAGGUUGGAGAUGAGAUCGUCAUUUCCACCACCAGUUACAACGCAUGGGAGACAGAGACGCGUCAGAUCACUGCUGUGUCAGGAAACGCCCUCACGCUGACCCUGAACCAGCCGUUGAUCCACACUCACGUCGGGGAGACUCACAGCGUCCCGGGAACAACGCGGAGCUACACUCUGGCCGCUGACGUCGGGCUGCUGACCAGAAACAUCAAGAUCAUCGGUCAGAGCUACGCAGACCUGUUGGAGGAGUCGUUUGGAGCCAGGCUGCUGGUCGGCACCUACUCCUGGGCUGGAAUCGACUACAGAGGCACGGCUCAGAUCAGGAACGUGGAGUUUUACCGCUCCGGUCAGGAGGGCUGGACCGACUACACCGACCCCCGCUACUCUGUGGCCUUCCUCAACCUGGGAGAGGUUUCAGGAAAUGACUCGUACGUCCAGGGCUGUGCUUUCCACCACGGCUUCUCUCCCGCCAUCGGGGUCUUCGGGACGGACGGGCUCAACGUCGAUGAUAACGUCAUCUUCCGCACUGUUGGAGAAGCGAUCAGGGUGUGGGGCAACAAGGUGGCCGUGCGGAGGAACCUGGUGACCCUGAGCUUGUGGCCGGGAUCCUAUCAGGACAGAGAGGAGGACUUCAACUUCGACUGGAACGCCGCCGUCGAGGUCAACGAGGGGACAAACGUCGUGUUGCAGCACAACAUCGUGGCAGGAUAUGAGAGAGUUGCGUAUCGCAUCGACGGUGAACCGUGUCCAGGUUAUUGGAACGAGAACGAGAGGUGGGCUGACAACGAGGCCCACGGCGGUCUGUACGGAGUGUAUCUGAACAAAGACGGGCUGCCCGGCUGCACCCUCGUCCAGGGCUUCACCGUCUGGAGGAGCUUCGACUACGGCAUCUACUUCCAGACUGUGAGCGACGUCAUCGUUGCCAACGUGACCCUGGUGGACAACGGGAUGGGCAUCAUGCCUCUCAUCUUCGCCCCUCCCUCUCUGUCCCACGCAUUCGCCGAUAAAACGGCACACAUCCAGAAUGCCUUGAUAGUUGGCAGCAGCCCCAACUUCAACUGUUCAGACAGUUUGUCCACAUCGGAUUUCAACCUCCAGAUCAGCGAUGGCCACCGAGCCCCCCGACCUCCCAACGGCGGCAGGUCUGGAAUCUGCUGGCCGACCUUUGCAUCCUCACACAACAACGCCCCGGUAAAGGUCCACCAUCUGAAUAACAACUACAACGCCAUCAAGGGACUGAUGAAAGUCGUCGACACGACAUUCGUCAAUUUCCGAAACGUCUGCUCCAGCCAGACGAACGUGAUGUUCAUCACCAACCCGAUCAACGAGGACCUGCAGCACCCCGUGCACGUGGCUCGCCUGACCUCCGUCGACAGCACAGACGGAGCCAAAGUCUUCAUCCACAGGCCCGAUGUGAGUAAGGCGAACCCAGCUGACUGCGUGGACAUGGACUGCGACGCCAAGAAGAAGAGCUUGCUGAAGGACCUGGACGGCUCCUUCCUGGGUGCCGUGGGCGCCGUGGUGCCCCAGUCAGAGUUUGAAUGGGGAGGGGAUCCCAGGAGGGGCCUGGGCGACUACCGCAUCCCCAAAGUCAUGCUCACCUUCCCCAACGGCAGCCGCAUCCCCGUGGACCAGAUCGCUCCGCACAAAGGCGUGAUCAGGGAGAACUGCACGUACGUGUUUCCCUGGCAGAGCUACAGGUGCUUUGGACUGAACUACAGGAUGCUGGUGAUCGAGAGCCUGGACUCGGACACAGAGACCAGGCGUCUGUCCCCCGUGGCCGUGCUGGGACAGGGCUUCGUGGAUCUCAUUAACGGCCCACAGGACCACGGCUGGUGUUCUGGCUACACCUGUCAGAAGAGAGUGUCGCUCUUCCACAGCAUCGUGGCCACUAACCAAGCCUUCGACGUCUUCUUCACCAGCGUCACCCCACAGAAACUGCGGCUCAUGAUACUCAACGCGGACCCCUCUGAGAGCGUUCUGGUCUCUGUUUUCUACUCCAAACCCCAGCGUUUGGAUGUUUACGUCGACAACAACCUGGUCGCUCCAACAAACGCUGACUGGAACGCCGACAACUCCGACUACACCCUGAAAGAGCCGAUGUUCCCAGGGCAAUACGUCCCCCAGCUGAACUCCAGUCUGGGCACCAACUACUUUGACCAGGACUACAAGAUGCUGAAGGUCCUGGUGAGAGGAUCCACACCGGUGGAGAUUCGAACCUCCCCGGUUCUUGUCAUCGCCUUCCAGCUGCCCGCCAUGACGGAGGAGGAGUUCUUCGGCGACAGCCUGAUCCAGAACCUGGCGACCUUCCUCAAGGUUCCCGCGAACAUGAUCCGGAUCACCAAAAUCGUCCGGGAGGAUGGCGGAGCGCGGCGCAGGAAGAGGUCAACAGGCCUGUCAGUGGAGGUGGAGAUCAAGAAGCCUCCGGUGCAGCAAACCACAAACACCACCAACGAUGAAGAAGACUUCACCAUUUUGAAGAACAUUGCCAACGACCUGGGUCAGGCCGCCGUGUCUGGCAACCUGAGUCGGUCCAUCGGCUUCAACGUCUCCUCCAUGGGCGUCGUCCCUCCUCCUCCUCCGGCGUCCGACCCGGCCUGGAACGAGGUGGCCACCACAGAGGUGUCAAGGGACGAGCCUGAGGUGAGCUUUGUGUCCAGUGUGUCCAACCUGCUGGUGAUAGUGGAGCCGAUAUCCGGGGAGUACGUGGGUCCUCUGUACCAGCAGCCCAGCCUCAUGGCCGUCGACGAGGAGGGUAACUGUGUGUCGGUGGGAGUCACGUCCCUCAUGGUCACGGCCACCCUGAAGGACUCCUCUGGAAACAGCCUGGAUGGACUGGAGGGAAACACCACCAUCCUGUUCAGCGGCUGCUGGGCCAACUACACCGACCUGUCCAUCGUCAGCAGCGGUGAGAACCUGACCAUGGCCUUCACCCUGCAGGAGUGGGGCGCCCAGUCACGCUCCUUCACCAUCAAGUCCACCCCAACCACUCUGACCCCGUCCACCACCGACAGCGGCGCUUCAUCAGCAGCAGCAACAGCAUCCACAACCCCCCCUACCAUCACCAUCAACACCACCAGCACCACCACCACCACCACCAGCGCCAGCACCUCAGAGACCACCAGCUCCGACAGCAUCUUCGACUCCGGCACCAGCCUCUCCUCGGGCGCUGUGUGUCUGAUUAUCUACGCACUGAGCCUCCUGUUCAGAGGGCCAUAAACAAUGACAGUGUCAAAAAAAAAUAUGCUUGAAAAGAUGCGCUUUGUGAAGGAUUCCUACGUAUCACAACAUGAACAAGUCGGCAAAGUGAAGAAUUCCUUGAAAUUAUAUGCACAUCACUAAUGGCUUCUGUUUUCCAAAUUGUUUGUUCUGUUCCUUUGGGGUUUUCCAUGUUUCAUCAUGUGUAAAUGACAGAUUAUAUCUAAACUAUUGACCUCUAUCAAUCAUUAUAGACUACCUCUCUGUGUAACAGGUGCAACAGUGUCUCCUCUAAUUAUGUAACAGGCUGGAAAUGUCGUGCAAGCUGUUGUAUUUCACUGAUGC